AAAUGUCCGAUACAAACGUUCCUUGUCACGUGACUGAGUGUUAUUUAAAGCCAAUGGCAAAUUGAGAUUCGGCAAAAUACUUUUUGAACUUCAGAUCAAACAGGAAGAACUAUGUUUAGUUGAUCAGGAACUUUUAUAUUUUGUAAAACAGAACAACUUGACAAGAAAAUCAUUUUCGUCGUUAACUUACACAAUAAGAGACGGAUAUAACUGUAACAAGAGGGUAAUGAGGACGUGGACGUGUACGGGAUUGAUUUUAGCAAUCCUAGCAAAAUGGCUGACUGGCCGAGUGUUUGCCACUGAUAUAAUGGAGCUUUGUGGUGACCAUCAAGAUGAAUGCCAACAAAUACUUCAAGGGUUAGAUAGUGCAAAAGAUAAAAGAUUUCUCAGGUUUGGAAGGGCUCUCUCAGAUGAUGGAUUCUUUCGCUUUGGUAAAGGUGGUGCAAACGAAAACGCUUUCCUGAGAAUAGGCAGAGGCGGUGAUUUAUAUCCAGUUGAAGACAAACGCUUUUUAAGAUUUGGUCGUGGAAAUACAAAUACCUUAGAUGACUUAUUAUCUGCUCUUACAUCUAGAAUUCGACAGUUUGAAAUAUCACAUAAUGUUAACCUUCGCAGAAAACGUUCCACUGAUGCGCAAACUAGUUCAGACACUUCUGUAGAAAAAUCAAAUCAAGAAAAUGUAAAUAACGUAGAAAAAAGAGACGCCCCUGUCGACGAAAACGAAAAAGCAGAUAAGCGUUUCAUGAGAUUUGGAAGAGACCCAGAAAUUUCAGAGGACAAACGGUUUAUGAGAUUUGGACGAAACCCAGAAGACAUGACAGAAGAAGAAAAACGAUUCAUGAGGUUUGGACGAAAUCCCGAAGACAUGACAGAAGAAGAGAAACGAUUCAUGAGGUUCGGACGAAAUCCCGAAGACAUGACAGAAGAAGAAAAACGAUUCAUGAGGUUCGGACGAAACCCAGAAGACAUGACAGAAGAAGAAAAACGAUUCAUGAGGUUCGGACGAAACCCAGAAGACAUGACAGAAGCUGAAAAACGAUUCAUGAGAUUUGGACGAAAUCCAGAAGACAUGACAGAAGAAGAAAAGCGAUUCAUGAGGUUCGGACGAAAUCCAGAAGAUAUGACAGAGGCAGAUAAAAGGUUCAUGCGAUUUGGUAGAGAUUCAAAUGAUGUCACUGACGAAGAAAAAAGAUUUAUGAGAUUUGGGAAACGCUUCAUGAGAUUUGGUAGAGACGGUGAAGAUGACGAAGAAGGAGAUAUGGACAAACGGUUUAUGCGCUUCGGUAAAAGAUUUAUGAGAUUUGGAAGAAACAAUGAAGCAGACAAACGUUUCAUGAGAUUUGGACGUGACCCAUCUGAAGAGUCAAUUGAUGAAGAUAAACGAUUUAUGAGAUUUGGUCGUGGUGGUGAGAAUGACAAGGUAGACGCUGAUAAAAGAUUCAUGAGGUUUGGAAAAUCCGUUGGUCCUAUAACAUCUGACGACGAAACUGAUGCUGAAAAAAGAUUUAUGCGCUUUGGUAAAAGAUUCAUGCGUUUUGGACGGGACCAAGAAGGUGACGAGUCAUCCACAGCCGACAAAAGGUUCAUGCGUUUUGGUAAAAGGUUUAUGCGUUUUGGACGGGACCAACAAGACGACGAGUCUUCAACAGCUGACAAAAGAUUUAUGCGAUUUGGGAGAGACAAUUUAGAUACCGCCGACAAGCGUUUCAUGCGUUUUGGACGCAACUCCGCUGACAACACUGCUGACAAAAGAUUUAUGAGAUUUGGCAGAGACUUAGAAGCAGCUAACAAAAGAUUAAUCACACUCGGAAAAUGACAUUAUUUUUGAAAUACUUAAUUGUUAAAAUUGAAAUAUAUUUUUUUCUGACACGAUGAAUUAUGUUGUGAUUUACAUUCAAACAAAACUGUAUUCAUAUUUUUCAUAAAUAUGACUAGUGAAUGUAAAUGUAUAGAUAUGGAAAAAUAGUUCCUAAAUUUUAUAUCAUGUUGAUAGUUAGCGAUUUGUGAUAUUAAACUGUUCUUAAAAGUGUGAAUAUUAAGAUUGUGGUUACCAAGAAUUUUUUCUUUGAUUGUAAGCGAAAAUAUUACAAACUGUUUACAGAAAA